GAGUAAGCCAAGAAAAGCAAGUAGACAUGUGUCCCCACCACCUGCACCUGCGUAAGGAUUCCCUCCCUCUCUCUGUGUGUCAGAGAUGAGCCAUUAAUGUCCAGUUUGAGUUUGAGUUUUAUUUAAUUUUCUUUUUAAAUUUUUUGGCAUUAUGACCUUUAUUUGAACAACAAAGACUAAUAAGAGGAGGAGGAAUCAAAAGAAUUCAUUUACAUUCUGCCUUCUCUCCUUCUUUUUGUUCUUCUUCUUCGUUUUGUUUAAAAGCUCAGUGAAGAAAAUUGCCAAAGAAAUUCAUCUUGUUUGUGUCUGUAACUAAGAUAUCAUUGGCGGAUCUUCUUAGAAGGGCGGAGAUUUUUUUCUGGAGGAACUUUUUUGUUUGUUUUGAAAAACGUUAAAAAAUCUUAUAACUCUCCAUAGUUGCAUUUUCCAGGUUAUUUCUCUUAAGUGGUCCUAGAAGUUGGUUUUUGUUUCACACUGGGGGUUGAGGGUCAUUUUUCUUGAGAUUAUUGGUGGAUUUAGAAGAUGGAUUUUACAAGGAAUCUGGGGAUUUUUCAGAAGAGUGGUUUUGAAUGGUUUUGAGGAGCUUUUACUGAGUACUGUAGUAUUAGUUUAGGGGGCAUUUCUUUGCCCUAAACUUGUGAGUAAAUCUCAAGCUAGUAUUUCUGUCUUUCUUCUCAGAUCUUCUUCUUCUUCUGCAAAUUUGGUUUCAAGUGAAUUUAGUUUCUUAAAAUGGCAAGUAUGAAGCUCGGAUCUAAAACUGAUGCAUUCCAGAAGCAAGGCCAGGCAUGGUUUUGUACAACUGGUCUUCCAAGUGAUGUUGUUGUUGAAGUUGGAGAAAUGUCGUUCCAUCUACAUAAAUUCCCAUUGCUUUCGCGGAGUGGGGUCCUAGAACGAUUGAUUGCAGAAGCAUCAAAUGAAGACGAAGACGGCUGUGUGGUGCAACUACCUGACAUUCCGGGAGGCCCCAAAGCAUUUGAACUUGUAGCAAAGUUCUGUUAUGGUGUGAAGCUCGAACUCAGCGCGUCAAAUGUUGUUUACCUGCGAUGUGCUGCCGAGCAUCUUGAAAUGACUGAAGAGUAUGGAGAGGGAAAUCUGAUCGCACAAGCAGAAUUAUUCCUCAAUCAAGCUGUUCUUCGUAGUUGGAAAGAUUCUCUUAAGGCACUCCAGACCUGUGAGGACUUACUUCCUCAUGCUGAUGACCUCCAAAUUGUAAAGAGGUGCAUUGAGUCACUCGCCAUGAAAGCGUCGACAGAUCCAAAUCUUUUCGGCUGGCCCAUUAUGGAGCAUGGUGGACCCAUGCAAAGCCCUGGUGGUAGUGUUUUGUGGAAUGGCAUUAGCACUGGAGCCAGACCAAGAAAUUUGAAUUCGGAUUGGUGGUACGACGAUGUAUCAAAUUUGAGUCUGCCUACCUAUAAGAAACUGAUCUCUGUGAUGGAAUCCCGAGGUAUCAAACCGGAAAUAAUAGCCGGAUCCUUAACUUCUUAUGCAAAGAGAUAUCUCCCUGGUUUAAACAGGCGUCAGUCAGUAAAUGAGUCUAGUUCUCGCUCUUUGGGGGCUCCCCCACCGGAGGAAGAACAAAAGCUUUUUCUUGAGGAGAUUGAUAGAUUACUUCCAAUACAAAAGGGCCUUACCUCAACGAAAUUUCUCUUUGGAUUGCUUCGAACAGCUUUGAUCCUUCGUGCAAGUCCAGCUUGCAUAUCUAAUCUGGAGAGAAGGAUAGGGAUGCAGUUGGACCAGGCAACCCUUGAAGAUCUAUUGAUGCCCAACUUUUCUUACACCAUGGAAACACUUUAUAAUGUUGAGUGUGUGCAGCGAAUUCUAGAGCACUUUUUGACCAUGGAUCAAGCAACUGGCGGGGCUUCUCCAUGCUCAAUUGAUGAUGGUCAGUUAAUGGGAUCGCCUUCUUUGACUCCAAUCACGAUGGUGGCUAAGCUUAUUGAUGGGUAUCUCGCUGAGGUUGCUCCUGAUAUUAAUUUGAAGCUUCCCAAGUUUCAAUCAUUAGCUGGAGCUGUUCCCGAAUAUGGAAGACCGUUGGAUGACGGGCUUUACCGUGCUAUCGACAUUUAUCUAAAGUCACACCCCUGGCUGGCAGACUCGGAGAAGGAAGAACUUUGCAGACUAAUGGACUGUCAGAAGCUCUCCCUAGAAGCAUGUACCCAUGCGGCGCAAAAUGAGAGGCUUCCCCUCAGAGUAAUAGUUCAAGUCUUAUUUUUCGAGCAACUCCAGCUCAGGACUUCAAUUGCAGGUUGUUUCUUAGUCUCUGACAAUCUUGAAGGGUCAAGGCAGUUGAGAAGUGGAUUCGCAGGAUCAAACGAAGGUGGUGGUGGUGGAUGGUCAACAGCAGUCAGGGAAAAUCAAGUAUUGAAGGUGGGUAUGGAUAAUAUGAGAAUGCGAGUAUCUGAACUCGAGAAGGAAUGCACAAAUAUGAGACAGGAAAUUGAGAAAAUAGGUCAUGUGGCCAAGACUUCUUCAAGUGCGUGGGGAUCCGUCUCGAAAACGUUUGGUUUUAAACUUAAAUCACAGAUGUGUAGUGCUCAAGAGGGAUCUGUUAGUAACCAGAACAAAAAUGGAAAUAUAAAGAUUGAAAAGGUGAAGGAAAAACAAGGGAAGCAGAAGAAGAAAGUAGCUACAGACUAGUGAAGUUUAGCCACUUCCUCCCAUCUUUUGGGGUUCUCCAAGUUCAUAUUGUUUGAUUUCAUUACCUCGUCGCUCAGAUUAGUUACCCUUUGAACUGUCCAAUCUCUGUGUUUGUUAAGGGUAAUUCUUGUGUUUAAUGGUGUUUCAAUGUGCAUCUUAUGUAUGUAAAAAAGGAAGAGAUGGAAGAAUUUUGCCUUUCUUUGUAAUUGCGUAUCUAUCUCACAUCUCUCUAACGUUUUAUGAAUGAUUUAGUACGUCUUUUAACGUUCUAUGUAAACUUCAGUUAAUUGA